CAGCCACCCCUCAUGCCGUAGACUGUCUGUGUGUGGCACGGGGUAGAUGGACAACAGGGAAAUGUGAGAUUGUCGAAGGAGUACCAUAUUACGCUUUUAAAGAAUUUCAAACCUCUUCAAAUCGAAAGAAAGAUUUUAAAACAUAUUUUCGGAUUACUACGCUUUUCACGCAGGCAUUUUGUCUUAACAAGAUUUCAUUCUGGGAGGUUUGUAGCGAAGACAAAAGUAACCAGCCUGGUGAAACUAGCAAAACCAGACCAAUUCGCCGAAUUGGUGCGCGGUUGCGCUUCGGCGAGAAGAUGUUUGUAGUGGUCAGCGAACAUUCUCGCCAUCCGGACUACAGUGGGAAGGAUUAAAAUACGUAUUGUCCCUGGAUCACACAAGUAGCCCACUUUCGAAUAUUGUGGAAGCAUACACAGAUUAUCCGCGUCAUCAAGAAUUGGACCAGGGGAUUUUGUCGAGCUUGUCUUCAACGACCCUAGGCUUUGUGUCCGGCUGUUGUGAUACUGGCGUGCCAGUGACUUUCUAAUCACAGGACCGAAACACCCGCUUCUUCGAUAAACAAAGGAUACGUUUCAACAUGUAUCCCCAGGGCCGCCAUCCAGCACCGCACCAGCCUGGGCAACCCGGGUUCAAAUUCACAGUAGCAGAGUCUUGCGAUAGGAUAAAAGAUGAGUUUCAGUUCCUUCAAGCCCAGUACCACAGUCUUAAGGUGGAGUACGACAAAUUGGCCAAUGAGAAGACAGAGAUGCAGCGUCACUAUGUCAUGUAUUAUGAAAUGUCCUAUGGUCUGAACAUCGAGAUGCAUAAACAGACUGAAAUUGCCAAACGGCUUAACGCAAUUUUAGCUCAAAUUAUGCCUUUUCUGUCACAAGAGCACCAGCAGCAGGUUGCCCAGGCUGUUGAGCGUGCUAAGCAGGUGACUAUGACAGAGCUGAAUGCUAUCAUCGGGGUACGUGGACUUCCCAAUCUGCCCCUCACCCAGCAGCAGCAGGCUGUCCACCCAGCAGCUCUCAUGCAGCAGCAGCUCCAGGCACAGCACCUCUCCCACGCUGCCCACGGCCCUCCCAUCCAGCUUCCCCCCCACCCCUCGGGCCUGCAGCCCCCCGGCAUCCCCCCGGUGACGGGCGCGGGCUCCGGCCUCCUGGCCCUGGGAGCCCUGGGCAGCCAGGCUCACCUGCCCGUGAAGGACGAGAAGAACCACCACGAUCUGGAGCACAGAGAGAGCACGAACAACUCGAUAUCCCCCUCGGACAGCCUGCGCACGGCCAGCGAGAAACACCGCAGCUCCUCCGACUACAACAUGGACUCCAAGAAACGCAAAGUGGAGGAGAAGGACAGCAUGAGUCGAUACGACAGCGACGGCGAUAAGAGCGAUGACCUGGUCGUCGACGUGUCCAAUGAGGACCCCGCCACCCCACGGGCCAGCCCCGCCCACUCGCCCCCGGAGAACGGCAUCGACAAACCGCGGCCCCCGAAGAAAGACACGCCCACCAGCCCGGCGUCUGUGGCGUCCUCUGGCAGCACACCGUCCUCCAAGACCAAAGAGCACAGCCAAAAUGACAAGUCGUCAACGCCUGGUCUCAAGUCCAACACGCCCACCCCCCGCAGCGAGGGCCCCACCCCUGGCACCAGCACCACCCCUGGGCUGCGGCCCAUCCUGGGCAAGCCCACGGGCAUGGAGGCUCUGGCUGCCCCUGCUCUGCGGACGCCCCUGUCCAUCGCAGGCUCCUACCCGACCCCCUUCGCCAUGAUGGGCCACCCGGACAUGAACGGCGGUCUGACCAGCCCGUAUGCAGGCCUCCACAUCUCCCCUCAGAUGAGCGCCGCCGCUGCCGCCGCCUACGGACGAUCGCCAAUGGGCUUCGAUCCGCACACCCACAUGAGAGCUCCCGGCCUGCCAGCCAGCCUCACCUCCAUCUCUGGGGGCAAGCCGGCCUACUCCUUCCACGUCAGCGCCGACGGGCAGAUGCAGCCCGUGCCCUUCCCCCCCGACGCCCUGAUUGGCCCGGGCAUCCCGCGCCACGCUCGCCAGAUCAACACGCUCAGCCACGGCGAGGUGGUGUGUGCCGUCACCAUCAGCAACCCCACGCGCCACGUCUACACGGGGGGCAAGGGCUGCGUCAAGAUCUGGGACAUCAGCCAGCCGGGCAGCAAGAGUCCCGUGUCCCAGCUGGACUGCCUGAACCGGGAUAACUACAUCCGCUCCUGCAAGCUGCUGCCAGACGGCCGCACAUUGAUCGUGGGCGGGGAGGCCAGCACGCUGACCAUCUGGGACCUGGCCUCCCAGACGCCGCGCAUCAAGGCAGAGCUCACCUCCUCCGCCCCGGCCUGCUACGCCCUGGCCAUCAGCCCCGACGCCAAGGUCUGCUUCUCCUGCUGCUCCGACGGCAACAUCGCCGUCUGGGACCUCCACAACCAGACCCUGGUCAGGCAGUUCCAGGGCCACACAGACGGUGCUAGCUGCAUCGACAUCUCCCAUGACGGCACCAAGCUGUGGACCGGCGGCUUGGAUAACACAGUGCGCUCCUGGGACCUGAGAGAGGGCAGGCAGCUGCAGCAGCACGACUUCACCUCCCAGAUCUUCUCCCUGGGUUACUGUCCGACGGGCGAGUGGCUGGCGGUGGGGAUGGAGAGCAGCAACGUGGAGGUGCUCCACCACACCAAGCCUGACAAGUACCAGCUGCACCUGCACGAGAGCUGCGUCCUCUCCCUCAAGUUUGCCUACUGCGGUAAAUGGUUCGUGAGCACUGGGAAGGACAACCUGUUGAACGCUUGGAGGACUCCUUACGGCGCCAGCAUAUUCCAGUCCAAGGAAUCCUCCUCAGUCCUCAGCUGCGACAUCUCAGCGGACGACAAGUACAUUGUGACGGGCUCCGGUGACAAGAAGGCUACAGUGUACGAGGUGAUUUACUAGAUGGAAGCUGCCGAGGACUGGAGCGCAUCCUGCUCAGGAACAGGACCCCCCCCAUCUACCCCCUCCUCACAGACAGCAUGGAUGUGGCCUGCAGCCCCCUGGGUGAACUGGCGGGAGACGGGGCUUGGCUGGGCUGGACUGGACUGGACCAGACUGCACAUCUAUGGCCCAGGAUAGCUGUGUUCUCCGCCCCUGUUCUCCGUCACUCAUGCGAUUAACACAGCUCCCAAGGCACUAGUGAAGAAAAUAUUGUCUCACUGUUUUCUGUUUAUUGGAUUUUUAUUGUUGUUGUUGUUUUUGAGGGUGUGUGUCUUUUUGAACACGGCGGGACAGAUCCGUGACGUAACGAGCGGCGGCUCUCUGCUCUUCAGCUUCUCUCUGGAGGUCCUGUGAAAAGUGUACAUAAUGGAGUAAUAAAAGGCCUUUUAUAGAUUUAUAUUUUGGUGUCCAGUUACGCUUGUGAUGGUUCUUUCUUGUUCUCUCCCUGAUUCUCGGUUCUCCCUCUGGGGGAUGGAAAUUAGAUUAGGACUUUGUAAAAGGAUAUUCUAUUUCAGUUUUUUUUUCUUUUUUUUUUUUUCAAGUUCGUUUUCUAGGCUGACCUUUUCGGAAAUCUAAUUUGGAUUUUUCUCCCUGGAAAAAACACGUUUUUGCUUAUUAGAACACGUAACCGGGACAUUUGAAUAGAUUCUCUGGAUUGUAACCGUGGGGAACUCUGGGAAAUGCCCAUGUCUUCAGACUGAACCAUCGGAGAAGCAGAAAUCCUGGACCAGGAAGGGGUGGAGGAGAAACCUGUCACUUAUCUGUGUCCAACAGCCCUGGUCCAAUCAAAUGAAUCCUAGAGAAAAAAAAGGACACCAAGGAACACAGCUGCUAGAUUGACUGUAAAAAUGGUGCUUCUCUGCACAAGCAGCCCUCUGGGAGAUCAUUGGUGUGCUUUGGGUGGGGGAGGGGGCGGGGGGGGGAGGAUCUAUGCUCUCAAUUGACUGUCCAAUAACCUGCUUGUGCAAAUUGUUCUGUGCUCACCAUGGCUUCAUCCCAAGUCAUCAGUCUUUUAAUAGUUUGAUUAGCUGUCUUGACUGACUGUACGGUAACUGAUAUGCAAAGGUUACACUGAAGUAGUCAAACCAGUCUAACAACUUUGUUCCUGUUUGAUAUGCUCUGUUUACUUUUUCCACUUCAUGAUGCGCCUGUGUCCCGGCCUCUCGUGGGCCGGCUUGAACGAUCUCUUAUUCGUAGACACAUCAGAUCAUGUAUCAAACUGUCAUCAUCACUGAGGAUAUGUACAGUUGUUGAUAUUUCAAUAAACUGUUUUUGAU